AUGGGAAGCAACAAAUUUACUGCUGUUUUACUAGACUUAUCCUUUCUCUUUCUUGUUGCAGAGUGCUGGCAUGAUUUGGAUAACACUGAGUAUGACUGUUGGCCCAUCGAGCAACCAGAUGAACACAACAUGAUCGACUGUGGGGGUCUGGAAAUGAGCUGGGUGGACAGACCCCCGGAAAAAGUGCGAAGUGGCGAGGAAUUCAAUGUUACCUAUAGUGUUAGUGCUUCCUACGGAUUUUAUCAGAUGGCAGUCACACAGGGAAUUCUGAAAUUCAGCAAUGCAAGUGAAGCAAAGAAGUUCUGUGAAGAAAAGGAGUGCCCAGCAAACUGGAAAGAUGCGUCUGAAAACAACUGCUGCAUUUACCAUGCCAACAUUCAUUCCUGCCCCAUGGCAUUUAUGAAAACAGGUGGUAUAUGUGGUCCUUGGAUUCCAGAUGAUGGAAAAAUAGUUACUCACACAGUGUCACAGGCUGGGAAGAUGUCCCAACAAAACUGGACAACUAAGGUUGUCUUAGUCCUCGAUGGGAUUACUUCAUUAAUUGCACACGUUAAACUAGGACGUAUGCAUGCUGCUUUGGAAGCAAAGACAACAGUAUUGAGUGCACAAGUUUGCGAUGAUGGAGUUUGUGAUGGUGAUGAACGAUGUGAUACAUGUCCAGCUGACUGUGGAGCAUGUCCCAUGCCUACGACAAUCAAAGUUUCAAUAGGCCUUCCAAUUGCUCUGUUCUGCAGUGGGUUUAUAUUCACUCUGGUGUAUUUACAGUACCAGAAGCAAAAGAUGCUUUGGGAUGAGAGCUGGAUCAUCAAUUUGAAAGAAAUUAAAUCAGGGAGCGCAUUUCAAAUGGGAUUUGGCAGCAUCGAAAGUGUACAAGCAAAUGGAAUUUCAAAUGCAAGCCAUGUGACUGAUAUAACCACAGACGCACAUAUUCCAGGAUCAACACUUAAACACUUUAUACAGACUGGCAUUUAUGAUGGCAGGUCAGUGGCUAUGAAAUGGAUCCACAAGAAAACAUUUGCUCUAUCAAAAACUGUUCGGAAAGAGGUUAAGCAAGUAAGAGAACUCGAUCAUCCAAAUCUGUGCAAGUUUAUUGGUGGCUGUGUUGAGGUCCCCAAUGUUACCAUAGUUACCGAAUACUGCCCUAAAGGCAGUCUGACUGAUGUUCUUUAUAGUGACGACAUUCCACUAAACUGGGGCUUCAGAUUGUCUUUUGCAACUGACACAGCACGGGGAAUGGCAUAUCUUCACCAGCACAGAAUUUAUCAUGGACGUUUACAAUCAAAAAACUGUGUCAUUGAUGAUAGAUGGGUUUGCAAAAUUGCAGAUUACGGUUUAACAACCUACAGAGCAGAAGAUUCUGAGGAAUUUACUAACCUAUUCAAUAUAAAGCCUGGACGUGUUUACUGUGCUCCAGAAGUUAUUUCAUGCAUCAGUUCCAGCCUGACACCAGCAGCAGACGUUUACAGCUUCUCCAUAAUAUUGGUUGAAAUUGCGACACGUUGCAACCCUGUUCCUGUAUACCUUCAGAAACUUGAAUUGACGUGGCGUCCUCCUCUCCCUGAAAUUAUAGCUAGAAAGUCUGACAGUGACUGUCCAAAUCAAGAGGAAUAUAUAGAGUUGGUGACAAAGUGCUGGGCACAGAACCCUCCUCUGAGGCCACCAUUUGAACAUGUCAAAAAAAUGCUAGAAAAAAUGAACCCUAACAAAGUGAGUCCGGUUGACAUGAUGAUGAACCUGAUGGAAAAAUACAGCAAACAUUUGGAAAGUAUUGUGGCUGAAAGAACUCAAGACCUGCUCCUGGAAAAACAAAAGACAGAUUGCCUUUUGUACAGUAUGUUACCAAAGCAGGUAGCUGAUGAUCUCCGUCAAGGAACUACUUCAGAAGCCCAAACGUAUUCUAAUGCUACAGUGUAUUUCAGUGAUAUUGUUGGAUUUACUCAGAUUUCAAGUGACAGCACUCCUUUCCAGGUAGUGGAUUUUCUGAACAAGCUGUAUACUACCUUUGAUGAUAUAAUUGAUAACUAUGAUGUCUACAAAGUUGAAACAAUAGGGGAUGCAUAUAUGGUUGUCUCCGGAGUGCCUAACGAAAAUGGUAUAAACCAUGCAGGUGAGAUUGCAAGUAUGGCAUUGGAUUUAGUAUCUGUCUGCUGCUCCUUCAGGAUUCCGCACAAGCCAGACAUAAAGUUGAAAAUCAGAGCAGGCAUUCAUUCAGGUCCUUUAGUGGCUGGAGUAGUUGGAACCAAAAUGCCUCGAUACUGCUUGUUUGGGGACACCGUGAAUACGGCAUCGAGGAUGGAGUCAACAAGUGAAGCAUUAAAAAUACAGUGCAGUUCCAGUACCUCUGAUUUGCUCAAGGAAAUUGGUGGUUAUAUCCUCGCUUGUCGUGGGACACUUAAUGUAAAGGGUAAAGGAGAAAUGAUUACAUGGUGGCUUCAAGAGAAAGAACGCUAUGAAUCACAGAAGGAAGAAAUUAAAAAUGCAUCUUUUCCAGCUGAAGACAAUCAACUUUGGACUGUACCAGGCUUGUUAAAUCCUUGA